AUGAACCGGAGCAAGCAGAUUCAUCAAGAAGUGCGGAAAGCAACAACACAGGACAUGACACUACGCAACGUAUGUUUGAUUGAUUUAUCUGGUAACAACGCUGAUGAAGCCAACAAUUGCCGAGAUGACGAUUGCAACUACCAAGUUCUGGACUCGGGAGAUGAAUCUGAAGAAGACGACUUGAAUGAUCUGGAUGGAAGUGAUUCUGAAGUCGCAGUUGUUGAUACUGUUGACGGGGAUGAUGAAGAGGCCUUUGACAAUGAAGAGCGUCACUUUGCAGACCAUUUCUUAGAGUCUAUGGGCGGCGAAGAACAAGUUUUAGCAGGUGAAAUUCUUGGACCUGCACUGAAGGAAUACUCAACAACUGGGUGGCAUGAAAUCGAUACGCCGGAUGUGGAGAAAUUCCUGGAAACACCGUACACCCCGGUAGGCGAUAACAAGAGUACCCAGACCUACUGA